ACAACACUGGCGUCUAGUAAUAAAAAAAAGCCACCUCGGAUUUACACGUACAUACUUUAUUUCCAUAGUGCUGGGUCCCGAUGUACAGGAUGUAGGACGACUGUGUACAUACACUGCCCAAAUCCCAAUUGCCCAUCAGUCAUCAUUCGCAUCAUUCAUCACCUCAUCACUGCGUCAAGUCAAAUUUCAAAGGUUCGAAGCAAGAGAUUAGAGAAUAAAGUCAGGGAAUGCUGUGUUGACCAUUUGGACAGUUUGGACAGUCAACGUGGUUAAUAUUUUUUAACGUUGGAAUUCAAUUAUAAUCUAUUUGCAUUAUAACUCGAUCAUGCUAUUGUAUCAAAAGCUAACAAAACAUUCAUUCAUUGAAUAUUUCUAGUACUUCGAAAUAUGAAUCGUUUGGAUGAUUCAAAUACUUUAAUAUUAAAAGAUCGAAGACCUCCGUCCAUCGGAAUGAAUGGUGCUUCGGAAACUGAAGACCAGCAGCGUCUACGUUUUCAGGUUGAGCUUGAAUUCGUACAAUGUCUUGCCAAUCCAAAUUAUCUAAAUUUUUUGGCACAACGAGGAUAUUUUAAGGAUUCAGCAUUUAUCAAUUAUCUUAAAUAUUUAGUUUAUUGGAAAGAGCCAGAAUAUGCUAAAUACCUAAAAUAUCCAAUGUGUUUGUAUUUUCUCGACUUGCUACAGUAUGAACAUUUUAGACGUGAGGUUGUCAACUCUCAAUGCACGAAAUUUAUUGAUGAUCAGCAAAUUCUCCUCUGGCAGCACUAUACGAGACGUAGAACAAGACUAUUACAAUCAGUAACAGAACAAACGCAACAUGUUUCUAAUCCACAAAAUAAUGGACUUGCUCCGCCUAAACUUUCUUAAAAAACUAUCAAACUUGUUUCAAUAAAUAAUACAUAAGAUAAAACAUAA